UGACACACAAAUUCGUGAAGCGUUCCAUAUUUUUCAAUAUAUGAAGUGGUGAGUCUGCAGAGAGAGUCUGACAAGGAAGAGCCAGUCACUCCUACUAGUGGAGGGGGGCCAAUGUCACCCCAGGAGGAUGAAGCAGAAGAGGAGAGUGAUAACGAACUCUCAAGUGGAACAGGUGAUGUGUCAAAAGACUGUCCUGAGAAGAUCCUCUAUUCUUGGGGAGAAUUGUUAGGAAGAUGGCACAAUAAUCUUGGUGGCCGACCAAAAGGGCUAUUCACUUUGGUAAAGAGUGGUGUUCCUGAGGCAUUAAGAGCAGAAGUAUGGCAGCUUUUAGUGGGAUGCCAUGACAACCAGGUAAUGCUGGAUAGAUACCGAAUUCUUAUCACAAAGGACUCUGCACAGGAGAGUGUUAUUACUCGAGAUAUUCAUCGUACAUUUCCUGCACAUGAUUACUUUAAAGACACUGGAGGAGACGGACAGGAAUCCCUCUACAAGAUCUGCAAGGCCUACUCUGUGCAUGAUGAAGACAUUGGGUACUGUCAAGGACAGUCUUUUCUUGCUGCUGUAUUGCUCUUGCAUAUGCCAGAGGAGCAAGCAUUCUGUGUUUUGGUGAAAAUCAUGCAUGACUAUAAAUUGCGAGACUUGUACAAAAACAAUUUUGAAGAUCUUCAUUGCAAAUUCUAUCAACUUGAGAAACUAAUGCAGGAACAGCUGCCGGACCUGUACAACCAUUUUUGUGAUAUGAACCUAGAAGCUCAUAUGUACGCGUCCCAGUGGUUCCUCACUCUUUUUACUGCCAAGUUUCCUCUCUGCAUGGUGUUCCACAUCAUUGACCUACUGCUGUGCGAGGGUUUGAACAUAAUCUUUCAUGUAGCCUUGGCUCUCCUAAAGACCUCAAAGGAAGACCUCCUGCAGGCUGAUUUCGAAGGUGCUUUGAAGUUCUUCAGAGUUCAGCUUCCAAAACAAUACCGGGCAGAGGAGAAUGCAAGAAGAUUGAUGGAGCAGGCUUGCAAUAUUAAAGUACCAACCAAAAAGCUGAAGAAACAUGAAAAAGAAUAUCAGGCAAUGCGGGAGAAUCAGCUGCAACAGGAAGACCCAAUGGAUAGAUACAAGAGGGAGAACCGAAGAUUACAGGAAGCCAGCAUGAGGCUGGAACAAGAGAAUGAUGACCUUGCCCAUGAACUAGUGACAAGCAAAAUUGCUCUUCGGAAUGACUUGGAUCAGGCAGAGGACAAGGCUGACGUGCUGAACAAGGAGCUCCUCUUGACCAAGCAGAGGUUGGUGGAGACUGAGGAAGAGAAGAGGAAGCAAGAGGAGGAGACUGCCCAGCUAAAAGAAGUCUUCAGGAAACAGCUAGAAAAGGCAGAAUAUGAGAUAAAGAAGACUACAGCUAUCAUUGCUGAGUAUAAACAAAUAUGUUCUCAGUUAAGUACCAGGCUGGAAAAACAGCAAGGAGCCAGCAAGGAGGAGCUGGAAGCAGUAAAGGGUAAGAUGAUGGCGUGCAAACACUGCAGUGACAUUUUCAGCAAGGAAGGAGCUUUAAAGCCAGCAGCCAUAAGUAGAGAGGACCAGGGAAUUGAAGCCGAUGACGAGAAGGAUUCACUGAGGAAGCAGCUGAGGGAGAUGGAGCUGGAGCUGGCACAGACCAAACUGCAGCUGGUGGAGGCCAAGUGCAAGAUUCAGGAACUUGAGCAUCAGAGAGGCGCACUUAUGAAUGAAAUACAAGCUGCAAAAAACUCUUGGUUUAGUAAAACCCUGAACUCUAUCAAAACAGCCACAGGCACUCAGCCACUACAGCCACCACCGGCUCCCCAGCCACCCAAGGAGAGCACAUAGCUCCGCUGCUACAGCCAGUCACAAGAGCACAGUGAUCAAAACAACAGAAACCAAGAAUCCUCCCUGCUGUCCCCUUGAAGGAAAGGAAAGGAGACCAGAAAGCAAGUUAGAACCUUUAGUAGCUCUGCCUUUCGUGUAUGCCAUUUUCAAAGGGAUGAUAUUUAAACUGACCUGAUUUAUGUUGCAUAUCUGUUUCCCAGCUUCUUCAUGGAAAGCCACAUUCAGAUCCAUCAUAGUGUUACACACUGUUUUAUAGGCCUGAAAUUUAGUUGGAAAUAAGUAACCUGAGAACUAAAUGCUUUUGUUUAGAAUUAUUUAUUCAUAAUCAUUUUUUUAUCUCACAUAAAAAUGGAGACAUGCUUUUCCAAGGUUAAAAUGGUAAGACCUUUGUCAUGGAAUUCUGUUUUUAAAGGAAAAUUAACCCUCUUUAACUUUCCAGGAUUAUUUAGAUAAAGCACACUGUGGGGCCGCACAUGACCACUGACAGGUUUCACAACUGAAAGUGACUUCCAGAGUAGUGCUACUCCUGUCCCAAGAAAACAGACCAGGAGUUGGCUUGAAAGUUCCCCCCAAAUUAUUUUGAGUUGGUUACAUUUGGAAAUGGAGUGCCAAGAGCUGUGGAGUAGCUGGGCUACUGCAUUCCAAGUAAAUAGAGACUUUCAGUAAAUGUGCAAUAAAGUCAUUUGGUCAGGCAUUCUAGCAGAUCCUUUGAAGGACUCCACAUGGGGCUCAUUCUCCUGAUGUGCCUUUGUAUGAACACAGAGGUGACUUGUGGCAAAUAUAGCCUCAAAGAUGGAUAUUUUCAGUGGCCGACUUGGGGACCCUCACUGGAGAAGUCUAAAAAGGUCCGUGUUCAGCACUGUAGUUUUGAGUGGAACAGGAUGAUUUAGUGGAUGCUGACACACUAGUUAAGGCAAACACUGAUGUUCUGUACUUUACUAAAGGCUGUGAUAUUGCCAAGGAAGUUGAAGAGAGCUUCCUAGCACCUUAGUGUUAGGAAACUUUCCUAACUUCUCCCUAACCCAAAACAGUGCCCUACACACCUGGGAAUAAAGAAAAACAAGGGCAUUUUUCACAUUUUUGAUUGACUAAACCUUUAUAGAACUACUUAACUCAUGGAAAGGUAAGGUUACUGUUUAAAAAAAAUUGGUGCAAAUAUUUUUUCAAUUAUAUUUGACAUGCCUGUAUAAAUAGCCCUUACAAGAAAUUCUUUGGUAACAACAAAACUAAAUUUUCCAUUUCUAAGCUACUAUAGAAGUCUCUGGUCCCUUUACAGCAUCCAAACUACUGUCAGUCAUGUAUAGUAACAUUUCUUCAUAUUCAUCUUAGGCUUCAUUGUUAAGCAUACUGUUUCCAAAGUAUCUCAGACUAUUUAGUCCAGAGGGCUCUCCUCUGUGCCAUAUGUUGUAACUGUAAUAACACACUCUAGAGGUAAGCCUCAGCAGAGCCCUCCCACCCCCAACUUCAAGUUGCUCAUGAUAGAGCCUUUCCUCUAAAAUCAUUUUUGAGUUCUAGUAUGUGAAAUUUCUUUAAUCUCUAAAUGUCUCUAUUAUCUACAGGCCAUAAAACUAAUAUGGUUGUUUGAUAUGUUACACUUAUCAAACAAUACCUCCCAUAUAGAAGUUUCUGUUUUUUCUGGUGUCUUUCAUCAGAAGAUUCACUUCUUUUUACCAAAAGACAAUAACCCAGAACUCCAGAUGUCUCUGUUGAUUUAACAUUCCCUGAAUCUCUGAUAAGCUAUUUUUUCUAUUAAAUAUAAUGGCUAGAAUAUUACAUCAUUUCUGUCAGUCAUUUAGUGUAGCCAAUUAACUUUAUUGGUCCUGGGCACUUGGACUCCAGAAAGCCCUGGACAAGUCACUUUUUCAAAUGGCCAGCUAAAUUAAGGUGCACUUCUGUGAACUUCUAAUACCAUUUCCAGCUUUUUCUAACUUCUGAAAAUAAAUACAUUCCACAGAAUACCGAAGUUGAAUAAUUUUCAUAAGUGGUAAAUGAGGGAAACAAAAUGGCUCUUGAUCAAGUAUCUGUUCAGAUUCAUGGCCCCUUUUUCUCUAAACAAAAUCACCAGGACCAUAUAUUUUAAGAGUUAAAUAUAUCUUUUGAGUUUUCAUCUAGCUCUUAUAAAAGACAUAAUGGCAAUACAUAAUCUCUUUUGUUCGCUGGUAUCAUAUGAUACUUGGGCGUGUAUAUUGGUAUUUUGGUAUUAUGUUUAAACUUCCCUGCAUUAUACCAUCUUUUCAAGAGAUAAUAUGUGAUUUCUUGUUCACUAUUUCACUAUAGCAAUGCCUCAAACCAUACAUUCCUCACUAUUGCUUGAGAACUCCAGAAUGCCAACAUAAAGCAACUACUCAUCAGUUUCACUUACUACUUUAUAUAUAUAUUUGAGAAUUGCAACUUUUUUUCUUGAAACAAGUUCUACUUAUGUAGUCUAGGCUAGCCUUGAACUUAGAACCUUCCUACUUCAGCCUUCCAAGUGCUGAGAUUAUAGGUAGGCACCACAAUAGCUAAAAUUACUCUCUUGAAUUCCUUAUAGAAAAAAGAUAAACCAUCCAAGUAUGGUUUAUCCAAGUACCAUUCAAACAUGGUACUUUCUUUCAUCCUUUCCUAAGAUUUACAUGAUAGUAAACACUCCUCUAAAAUGCUAAUAUUUGUAGUAUCUGGGAAGUGAUCAUUUCUCUUUUCAUUGAGUCCUAUAGAAUAAAUGAAGUUUCAACUCAUUCAUUGGCUUUUAUAACUUAGUCUCAUUUAGUAUAUUCUCAAAAGACACCAUGCUGGAUUUUGGAGUGCCUAUGUUUGGUACACAUCCUGAGCCAAGUCACAGUGGUUAUUUUUAGUACAUAUAAUUUGAUGUAAAGAAAUUCUUGGUUCCCUGUACUUCAGUAUAGGAGUUCCUAUCAGAAACAGUAAUGGGAAUGCCAAUAAGCCUGCACCCUGGAUUUUCAUGCAGUAUCUGCUGUCCCCUCACCAUCUGUUAAAUUAGUCAUUUCUUUUCCUUUGGCGUUCUAGAAUGUACCCUGAUAGAGUUAAAAAGACCCUUUGUACUGAUGAUGAGAGUUUAGUUUUUGUUUCAUUUGCUUUAAAAAUGUUCACCGUUUCUUACAUUAUAUAUUUAUUUUUCUCCAGCUCCUACUCUGUUUCAGCUAUUUUCCAGUUAGUAACUAGUGGUUUCAUUUCUUAGUUAAAGUAAGAAAACUGAAACAAUAUACAGGUCAGAGGGCACAGCAGAUAAAAAAUGAUUCCUUUACAUUUGUAGUCUCUUAGGUUAGGUCUCAGUGUUGGUUGUGGUGAUACAUACCCACAAUCCCUGCACUCAGGAGGCUGAGGCACAGGCGUACCUGUGAGGUCAAGGCAAGCAUGGGGCUACACAGUGAGUGCCAAGCUAGCCAGGAUUACAUAGCCAGGCCCUAUUUCAAACAACACACAAAAGAUCAAAUGUGCAGCUAAUGUCAGGAUUGAGCCUUGCUGUGCCUCAAGGAAAUCGACUCUGCUAAUGAAUUCACCGACCCUGUGCAUCCAACACUAAGGUGGUUGUCUGUAUUUUAGGACUCCUGUAAGUGGACAGAAAGGAAAUUUUAAAAAGACUUAGUUUUCUCUUCUAAGAAUGACACUAAAAAAUGAUUGUAUUACAUAACUUAUUCUUUAUAAUAUUCUACAAUAGAUGAUUCUCUUCUCUUGCUUUAAUAUCUAGUAAAUGAGAUAAUGAACAAUUCUGUUGUAUGGUUUAAAUAGUUGGAGAUGCAUUUGCAUGUGUGCACAGUGUGUGUGUGUGUGUGUGUGUGUGUGUGUGUGUGUGUGUGUGGUGAAAUUUUAUAGGUUAUCCCUUUUUCUUUUGUUUACCUAGAUACAUUGCAACCAAAUGCACAUUAGAUUUCAAGACACAAUGAUCAAAACUGGAAGCCCAGACAGCAGCUCUGUGGCCUGUUUCCAAUGACCAAGCAUAAAAUUCUGUUGGUCUUUGUGCUGAGGGUCACACUGAGCAUUCUUUCUUCCCUAUGGUGGCUUAUAUGUAAUACAUGCAAGGCACUUUAUGUUAUCUAUUUCCUUAACUUUCAAAUCUGUAAAAAUGAGGACCCCCAUUUGGACUAUACCUCAACAGGUGACGCUGAUCUUGAAUUAUAAGAAAAGUAGAUGCUUGUUCAAGUGACGAGUCAGCUAUCUGCAUAUCAUUCUCAAUUUCCUCUUAAACAAACAAAACCCUACAGUGUGAGCUUACCUCCAGUAAAACACACCACCUGCUAUAAAACAGUCUCCAUCAAUAUGUCCCCCUCAUUCUGCCCUCACCUCUGGUUUAUCAUUAACUGUAUUUGAAAAGUUUGAGAAAAAUGAAUCACUGAAAAGAAAAUGAACAUUAUUUUUAUUGGCAUAUGACUUUCCACUAAACUACAACUCUGAAUAACUAUAUUACAUAUAGAAAAAGAUCAAAGAAACUGAUUUAUGAGACUAUAAA